AUGGGUGUAAUCUAUGUAACAAUACGUAGUGCAUCUUGGGUACGUUACGAUCGUCGACGACAACAAGUUAAAACAUAUUCACGUGAUGAAAUUAAAGCUAAAGGUCUUGAUUAUGGUGAACCAACAACGUUAGAAGAAGAAUAUGAGCAAAUGGUUAAUCAUCAAAAUUUAGAUGCAUGGGAGCAAACACGAAUCCAACGACCAUGGCAUGAAGAACCAGAUAAACCCUAA